CAAAAUCCAAACCCUAAAAUUUCAGAAACUCAAGAAUCCUCUCUCAGAGCUCUCUUCUUAGAAAAUAUAGAUUCAAAACCCUAAGACUUCAUAAACUCUCUCUCGGAGCUCUCCGCUAGAGAAAUUUACAAUGGCGGCAACAGCGAGCGAGCAGACGGUGUUGCAGUUUUUCCCUUCUUCGACGAGCUUAAUCGCUCGUGUCCACCCGGUCGUCAUCUUCAGCAUAUGUGAUUGCUACGUCAGGCGACCGGACCAGGCCGAGCGAGUAAUCGGCACUCUCCUCGGCUCCAUUUCACCUGACGGCACUAUCGACAUUCGAAACUCCUAUGCCGUUCCUCACAACGAGUCUUCCGAUCAGGUUGCCUUGGAUGUUGAUUACCAUCACAAUAUGUUUUUGUCUCACCAGAAAGUGAACCCAAAGGAAGUCAUUGUUGGAUGGUACUCUACUGGCUUUGGAGUCUCAGGUGGCAGCGCCUUGUUCCAUGAAUUUUAUUCCAGAGAAGUGGCGAAUCCCGUUCACCUGACUGUCGAUACAGGCUUCAGGAAUGGAGAGGCCAGUAUCAAAGCGUACGUUUCUGUUAACUUAUCUUUGGGAGAUCGGCAGCUUGCGGCACAGUUUAAUGAAAUUCCUCUGGACCUUCGGAUGGUUGAAGCGGAGCGAGUUGGAUUUGACAUUCUGAAGACGACAAUGGUGGAGAAGCUCCCCAACGAUUUGGAAGGAAUGGAAGCUUCAAUGGAGCGACUGCUUGCUCUAAUUGAUGAUGUUUAUAAAUAUGUUGAUGGUGUUGUGGAAGGGCGUGUGGCUCCGGAUAAUAGUAUUGGAAGAUUCAUUGCCGAUGCUGUAGCUUCCAUUCCCAAAAUGUCCCCUGCUGCAUUUGACAAGCUCUUAAAUGACAGAUUGCAGGAUCAUCUGCUUUUGCUUUAUCUGUCAAGCCUCACUAGGACGCAACUCAGCCUAGCAGAGAAAUUGAACACUGCAGCUCAGAUCCUGUAACCCAUUUCUAACUCAUUUAGAGAAGUAAAAGAGGGUUCACCGAUACAUGUCACAUUGGAGCUGUUGUGGUAUUGGUUAUUUAAGGGUCUGAUGAGCAACCGUGUUUAUUUUUUCAUAGCUGGGUUCUGCAUGAAGAUUUGUGUAAUUUUAUUUGAUUUUUAUGGGCUGUGGGAGAGAUGUUCUUCUACCUACUAGAUGUUUUUUUUUAGCAGGGAGGUGUGGGUAGUUCCAACUAAAAAAAGACAUCCUUGAAACCAGUUUUGGAUGUGGAUAUCUGAUAAUUAUUACGGUUUUGUUCCA